AUGGAGACAACCAGCCUGUCCCUGUGCCAGAGGUGUGGCAAGGAGAAUGCCGUCACAGUCCUGCCAGAGGAUGACACCACGACCUUAAGUGUGGAAGGUGGCAUGGUGAACCCAGGUGUGGAAGAUGGCACAGUGACUCCAGGUGCCAGUAAAGACCCCUAUGAGUCUGCUGGCUUGACAGCUCAGGUGCCCACAAACACGAAGAACACAGAUUUCCUCACAGAGGACCUGCCGACUCCAGGAGGUGGGGUCCCUGGCCAAGAAGAAAGCCAGAGCACCACAGCCUUGUCUGUGGCCACCAGUCGCUCUGUGGAAGACACACAGACAACAGUGGAGAAAGAUGGCUUGGCGACAGGGACCCUGAUUGGAAUCAUCAUUGGAGUCUUACUAGCCAUUGGAUUCAUUGGCGGACUCAUCAUUGUGGUCGUGCGGAAGAUGUCGGGAAGGUACUCGCCCUAAAGAGCUGAAGAAUUGUGCCCUUCUGCCAAAACGCUUAAAAAAGAGUUUCCAGUCUCCUGGCCCCUGAGCAGGAGGGAGAAGAUGACCCGUGGAAAUGCCUGGCUGUCCCCACUCAAAAUCCAUGGUGAUCCCUCCUCUUGCAAAAGCAACGGAAGGAAUGAUGACUCCCAAGACUCGCUCCUUUAAGCGUUUGUCUUCUGAGAAACUUUUUUAAAAUACAAAUUUUGGAAAAGGUGAUUUAUUUUAAAAAGGCAUAGAUAAUGGAGCACAACUAUGUAAAUUGAUUUGUGACUAAGAGGGACAACAUAACUCCGUUAAUGUUAGAAACUGUACUCAUCUUUGUUCCGACCAUUCUCUGUUAUUGUCGAAAUGCGAAGGAAUCUGGAAAUAUUUAUACCAAUGGCGUCUUUGGGUCUAGUGCUGUGUCAGCAAAUGGCAUAAGCCUUUUGCAAUUUCCGGUUAAAGUGUACACAUUCCAGUCUAGUGUGGUCUACUUUAAAAGCCCGAUUCAGUGUGGAUAAUCAAGUUAGAAAGGUCUAAACUUGGGUAAUAUGUAAGUUCUCACCACAAGGCCACAGGGCAGCCUGUCGGCUUGCUUUACCCUUGUUCCCAGUGCUAAUUUGAUGGCCAAGAGGUUUGCUCCCUCUUGACCUACUGCUUCCCUCAGAUGUUGGGGAGCAACAGGGGUGGCCUUCUCUCAGCCCAUGACACAAGUCCUUCGGAUUGGCUGCUUUGUUCUGGAAAGUGGAGACCUCAGCACUGAUGAUGGCCCAGGAGGCUGUUAGAGGCCCCGUGGCCUCUAGAGCGUCGGCAGAGGCUUCCGUCUUCCAGAAACCAAGACCCCCGGGUGGUCCCCAGGCAGACAGAAACCCUCUGUGCCUCUGGCAUGGGACAUAGAACCUGCCAGUUUUCUAGCAUUUCCUUUCUGCCUCAGGGGGAAGAUAGGGGAAGCAAAAAUAACCUUGCAAAAUAUUAAUUUUGUAAAAAGCAGCUGGACUGAAAAACAGAAUAUAUUCUCAGUCUUUACAACAUAGCCUGUGUGUUUCUGUGGGUUCACAGGUGAAAAGAUCCAAAUCAAGGAGCCCAGGCUGCCGUUCGGUAUUAGAACCGUCCAGCUCUGUGCAUGUCCUCCCAGAGGUCAGCUGAACGCUUCACCCUGAACAAAAGGUCCUUAGACUGAGCAGGCGUUCUGUGAAUGCGGUCACACAGUUGUGACAUCCUGGAAACUUGUAUGAGUUCAUAAAACAGGAAAAAGUAAACUGUCAGUUGGGAAGCACAGCCUGUUCCCCUCCCCCCACUUUUUUUUUUUUCAGUGACGGGUGGAUGUUAUUUAAACAGUGUGCCCUACUCUUGACUAAGUCCAGCUGUCCCCCCGCCCGCAUUCCGUAUCUGCCCAGCACCUGAGUGAGAGCAGGGGGUGUAGAAGAGCUUCAGGAGCUCACUGUCCCUCCGUUUCGUCACUCGGAAUCCUGAACAGGAGUUGGGGAUACUGUGUGUCCAUUUCCUCUUUCCCUUUCUCUCUUCUCUCACCGUGAACAGCACCGGUCCACCCCAAGUCGUACACUGGACCCAUGGCCUGCUGGGACAGGGCUGCGGGGUUCUCUGUCACAUCUGUGUUGAUGCUCAAUGCAGUGUGGACAUGUUUGAAAAUAAAACAGAUGAUUCCAUAGUA